AUUCAAACGGUCUCUUUAGUCGACAGCUGAGAAAUUAUUUAUUUUCUUUUAAGUAAAUUUGUCUAUUAAAAAUAGUUUACAAUGUCGAUUGCCAAACGUGUACAGCAAUGGGCAACGUUUGCGCGGACCUGGCACAUUUAUGACUGCACUUGGCAGAAUCCGUUUGAGUCUGCUAAAUUGGUUAAAAAUCAUUUAAUGGGCCUACAAAAGCCUAUAUAUCAUCCCAUGAUCUCCACUCGCGGCUUGUGCACUUUCCACAAACUACUCCCGAUUUACCAGAUACAGAAACGCAAUAUGGGUCGCUUGGGAACCGUAGAUCCUAGUUCUUAUUCGCAGCCGGAUUUGAUAACCACGGAGCACAGUGUUCUAAACUGGAAAGUCGACUUUGGGGCCACCAAACUCCAAGGAAGUGUGCUCCAUCGCUUCAAAGUGCUGACUGCUAAUCUCGAUAAGAUUCUCCUGGAUGUGCGUGACAUAAAUGUAACCAAUGCCACGUUGCUGGCCGGAGGCAGUGAGCUACCGAUCAACUACUUCAUCAGCGAUGCGGUCGAUGAUAUCGGUCAGAAGCUAACGCUGGAGUUGCCAUCUGGAACGGCUAAGGGCAGCCUAAAUGUUCGCAUCGAUUACGAGACGUCGAGCAGCGCCAGCGGAUUGCAGUGGCUGAAUCCUACCCAGACUUUGGGCAAGGAACAUCCCUAUAUGUUCUCACAGUGCCAGGCGAUUCAUGCUCGUUCGGUUAUUCCCUGCCAGGAUACCCCAGCUGUUAAGUUCACCUAUGAUGCCACAGUGGAGCAUCCCAAUGAGCUGACGGCUUUGAUGAGCGCCCUUAUCGAUAAGAAGGAAGCUGGAAAAACGCAAUUCAAGCAGGAGGUGCCCAUUCCCGCCUAUCUCGUUGCCAUUGCAAUUGGAAAAUUAGUCUCCCGUCCGCUCGGAGAAAACUCCAAUGUCUGGGCAGAGGAAGCAAUUGUGGAUGCCUGUGCCGAGGAGUUUUCCGAAACAGCCACUAUGCUGAAAACUGCCUCCGAAUUGUGCGGUCCCUAUGUCUGGAAGCAGUACGAUCUGCUGGUGAUGCCUCCUUCGUUUCCCUACGGUGGCAUGGAAAAUCCUUGCCUGACGUUCGUAACCCCAACUCUUUUGGCCGGUGAUAAAUCGUUGGCCGACGUGGUGGCUCAUGAGAUUGCCCACAGUUGGACGGGUAACCUGGUGACGAACAAGAACUUCGAGCAUUUCUGGUUGAACGAGGGCUUCACUGUGUUUGUGGAGUCAAAGAUCGUGGGAAGAAUGCAAGGCGCAAAGGAGCUGGACUUUAAGAUGCUUAGCAAUCUCACUGAUCUGCAAGAGUGUAUCCGCACUCAACUCAAUAAAACACCCGAGCUGACCAAACUGGUGGUAGAUUUGUCGAAUUGUGGACCCGAUGACGCUUUUUCUUCAGUGCCUUACAUUAAGGGUUCCACAUUCCUGCGUUAUUUGGAGGAUUUGUUUGGCGGCCCGACUGUUUUUGAGCCUUUCCUGAGGGAUUACCUGAAGAAAUACGCCUACAAAUCGAUUGAGACGAAUGAUUUCAAGAGUGCUUUAUAUGAUUAUUUCAUCAAUACCGACAAGAAGGAUCAACUAAGCGCGGUUGACUGGGAUUUGUGGCUUAGCACCGAGGGAAUGCCGCCAAUUAUUCCCAAGUUCGACGAGUCCCUGGCCAACGUGACCAAGGAAUUGGCCAGUCUCUGGAGCACCAAAAGUGUCGCCGAAUUGAACGGCAGUGCGGAGAUCAAGAAGAACAUUUCCAUCCACCAACUCAUUGAUUUCCUGGGGAAAUUGAUCGAGAGCAAGGACAUUGUUGACCUGACCGAGCGAAAAAUUGAGCUCCUGGAAUCUACUUACAACUUGAAGAAUUCCAAAAACGCCGAAAUUCGCUUCCGUCUCAAUCGUUUGAUUAUUCGUGCCCGUUUGAUUAAGCGCCUAGAUGAGAUUCUCGAAUUCGCCAACUCCAAUUUCCGCAUGAAGUUCUGCCGACCCAUCUAUCGCGAUCUGGCAGAGUGGACCGAAGCUAAGCCCGCCGCUAUUCGUAACUUUGUCAGUGUCAAGGAUCAGAUGAUGGCCGUGUGUUCACACACAAUUGAAAAGGAUCUGGGACUGAAGUAAAUUUAAGUCUGAUUCCUGCAUUUUAAACUGAACAAUAAAAUUGUUGCAUUAAUAAAAA